CAAGCACUAUCGCACAAUCGUUAUUUAUGUGGGGUAAACGUCGGUUCGUGUUAUUAAAUUAGUUUUUCUAUCAUUAUAAUACAUAAUGUUAGAUAGAUAAUUAUGCUCGUGUAGGCAAGAUGCCCGGGCGUGUAUGCUUUCAUUGACAUUCUUAUACGAGACACCGCGUCAAUCAUACACAGCGCGUUAAAGUUUAAAAAGUCAAUUAAAAAAAACAUUUAUUUCACUUUACGUUUCAUGCAUCGGAUGGGUGCAAAUUCGCCGGUCGAAGGUUAUCAGUGCAUUCGGUUUUUAAAAAUAAAUUGAAAAUAAGAUAAAGAGGAUUUUCGUUUUGCCACAAUGGUGGAGAGUCAGUGCGUUGCGGCCGGCCCCGUGAAAACUUACAUCAUGAGUGAUUUACUGAUGAAGUUCGAUCUCCACGCCACCAAUGAUUUCAUGAAGAUCGCCGUCGCCAUCGCCGGCUUUUACAUGGGAAUCUUCUAUCUGGAGUACGUGGACGCGGAGUACAGCCUAUGGCUGACAUGGUUCCUGACGCCCGUCAUCGUGACUUUUCUGCUGCCUGCCGUCAUAAUAAUUCUAAUUUACAUCAGUAGCAUCAUAUUCCACCUCUUCAGACUCUACAGGUUGCGAGUGGUGGACGGAGUUCAAAAUGAUUGGAAACACGCGGCGCGGUUAGCGGUGUGCGCCUUGUGGGACGCCCACGGGUGGCUGUGGCAUGGCUACGACAUCCGCGGCCUGGAGAAUAUACCGGACGGCCCGUUCCUAGUUAUAUACUACCACGGCGCUCUCCCCAUAGACAUGUACUACUUCACAGCGCGCAUGUUGCUGUUCAAAAGGCGGCAUAUACACACAGUCGCGGACCGGUUCAUGUUCAAGAUACCCGGUUGGGCGUCCCUCCUGGAAGGGUUGUGCGUAAUCCCGGGCACGGUACAGACCUGCGCGGGGGUAUUGCGCGCGGGCAACCCCCUAGCCAUAUCUCCGGGAGGGGUGUACGAGGCGCAGUUCGGGGACCACUCGUACCGGUUGCAUUGGAAGUCCAGGAUAGGGUUCGCUAAAGUCGCGCAGGAGGCCAAAGUGCCCAUAGUGCCGAUAUUCACUCAGAACGUACGCGAAGCGUUCCGCACAGUGGGAUGGUUGCGCGGCAUAUGCCUGCGAGUGUACGCGGCUACUAGAAUACCGUUAGCGCCAGUCUACGGGGGAUUCCCCGUUAAGUUGGUCACGCAUGUAGGGAAACCAAUACCCUAUGAUCCGACACUCACGCCACAACAACUACAGCAGAAGGUCGCCACUGCCAUAGAACAACUUAUAGAGGUACACCAGAGGAUACCAGGCAGCAUACUAUUGGCUCUCAUCCAACGAUUUUACGACAUACCCAAAAGGAAAAAACUCAGUGCCAACAAAACUCACGCUAGCAACGGUAAUUGCCACAACGGCACCGCGAAAGAGAGGGACGCAGAUAGUGUAAGUGAGAAGUGUGACAGUGACAAAGAUAAAGCUUCAUAGCUGUGAAGACGUACCAGAUAAAAACUUUUUUCGAAGAUUUUCGAAUUGUUUUUGGUACAAGAAGGUUUUGUACGUAGUCGGAUCUCCGUGAUCUGUGUUUUAUAGAAUGUGGAAUAUUUCCAUCUUUAUGCAUCCCAACUGUGUAGGCAGUGGCGGACUAACAGGGAGGCGGAAGGGGCGGCCCGCCCUGGGCCUCCGAUCUUGGGGGGCCCCAAAUGCCUCUGCGUUCCCCAGAUCAAAUCCUAAACAAGACUUUAAAAAUGUGCUUAGGUACUAAGCAUAAUAAUACAUAAUUUCAUCAAGAUCAAAAUGCUACAGUAAUGUAGACUUUUUACGCGGUACUAAUAUUUAUUUAACUUUGCUGAACGCUGGGGGAAUUCCCGUCUUUGUAGCGGGUACUUCCUCAGGAAUCCCUGAAUGAAUGAAGUUCAAAUAAUUUACUCUUGUACGCAUACAUUUACAUUAACUACAUUCUAUUUAGUGGUUCUUACGAAAUAAACAUAAGAAUCUACAUUUUUUUUAAAGCUGGGAGCCUCAUUCAGCUUUGCCGCCCCGGGCCUCUGACGGGCUUAGUCCGCCACUGUGUGUAGGGUUGCCAACUGCACUCAUAUCACAUUAUAGUAGUUUUCUAUUCAUAUCUGUGGUGUUGAAAGAAAGAAAGCGGUAAAGAAAAUGUGUAGUAAGGCAACAUUCGAUAUAUAUAUAUAUAUAUAGUGAUUAUUUAGCUAUUUAAGAGAACUAUACAAAUUCGAAAGUAUGUUGAAAUAACAUUAAGUUUACGUUUAAAGUAUGAAUAUUUAUCCUGCAUGCCAAAUGGGAAUAGAAACUUGAUACGAAUUUACAAAAAUAUUGAUAAAGAUAGAUAGAUGAUAUUUAAUUAAAUUGCUUGUGUAAAUACAAACUGGUCCUGACGAUGUGCCACUAUUUCUGAAGAAGAUCGUCGAUCGAUCGAAGAAGACCGAGCACUUAAUUUUAUCUAAGUUUUAAAAUUAAAACUUUUAAAAAUAAUUUUUAUUUAUCUCUACUAGGCCAAAUAAGUUGUUCUUAUGCCAUAAAUUUUCCUAAUGGAAUUAAAAAAUCUACAAGCGCGUACAGAUGGCAACCCUAAACACAAACCAACGUAGGAUAGUUUAGCAUUUAGAUACACUGCAUUACAUAGUAUUGUGAUGAAUAUAAGAUAUUUAUAUGGUGCAAAUAAAAAUUAUACACAAAUCUAAGAUUGAUGUGCAUUUAAAAAUUUCAAAAGACAUUUUGAUUGCGUGAUUUUAUUAUAUACUUAAUGAAAAAAAGGUAAGCAAAUAUAGGUACUUACCUAGGAACUUAGUUUAUAGAAACCUUUGCAAUAUUUAUGUAUAGAGCUUGUACAAAUAUAUAUAAUUAUAUUAAUGCUUUAUAGAAAUACUCAAUGCGGCGUUCACACUAACACUGAUUUUUUUUUCAACAUUGAUAAUGUCAUAGGGAUGGUACAAAAUAUCAAUAUUUAUUAAAUCAAAAGUCCAUAAUUGUGCUAUACGCUAAUGUUAUAUUACUGUUAAUUAAAUUAAGUUAGUGUUAAUAAAAAACGUCAUUUAGGAUUCGUACAAAAAUAUGUAAUGAAUUGAAAAACAAUUAAGGGUUGACAACAAAAUGGCUGGUGUAGCUUUCUAAUAUUUUUAUACAUUAAUAAUAAAUGAAAGGGCAUUAAUAAUACGAUUAUAAAAUUUUCAAGAGAAAUCAUGUUUAAUUUUAGUCCUUGUGUACUCGCUAUAAAGUACAAUUUGUAAUGCACUUUACGGUUUUAGUAUUAGAUAAUGCUGAUUGACAUUUAAUCAUGGAUAUAUGUAUGUAACUAGAUCAAAUUGUUUUGACUUCUGUUUGCAAUAAAUUUAAUUAUGACAGGAAAAUAUCCUUAUCAUGCUUAAUAUACAUCUUGAAAAAAGGAGAGAUUGCUGUCAAAAGCUAAUAACACAGCCUGAAGUCCCGUUUGGGAAAUAUUUUAAUCUAUUUACUUAAUACAAAGAACUUAAUGUUUGAAAACCAAUGACGUAUAAUAUAUAGACAGGUCAUACACCAAUAUUUUGCAUUUUUAAAUGGAUUAAGUAGUCCCCGCCCCAACUUCCUUUGGCAACAGCCGCAAAUAGAGCGCAUUAAAGUAGUCUCUUUCACUCUCAUUCAUAAAGCAAUUACAUCUCGCUCUUUAGCCCACACGUGUCAACGGUGACAGCAACUGCCAAAAUAAGUAAUCACUAAAUAUUUUUACAUUAAAUUGGAUAAAACAUUACUUAUGAAUGAAAUAACACGUUUUUCUUGUUGCUAUAAGUUCCCGUGUAUUUUGUGUACUAUGUAUUUAAAAACACACAUAAUGCUUUUCGUCUGAAAAAACGUAGAAUAUUUACACGUUGUUGGGAAGUGUAGCCGCGGCAAGAGCUUGCCCGACUGAAUGCAAGUCGGGUAAUUACUUGACUUUCGUAUUGCCAAACUAGAAGCGUGUAUGACGUACCUAUAACUUUUAAACAACAUAGUUUAAAACAUUUUAAAUGCAAAAUAAAUAUAAUCUGCUGGUAUACAAUGCGUUUGCAACCAUAUUUUAUAUGGAAUGAGGUCCGGUAUGAAAGGUUUUCAUUGCUGUGUGGCCUUUGUUAUUGUUAAGUCUGAAGAAUAGGACAGCGAUAUUUAUGCUGAUUAACAAUUUACGCUAUGUUGUAGGACAUUGUUAGCGAAAUUUCCUACCUUGGUUAUAGAAAAAUAUUAUACUUUUUUCAUAGUUCUAUACACAAAGAGUGACUUAGACUACUGUCUCGCAGCACUCCACCCGUCUGUGUAUUUGUAAACAGUGUGUGUAUUUAACUUUUUACGACAUAAAAAAGCAUUUUUUUCCUAUUAUCCAAUCACUUCUUUAGUUAUCAAUUAACAAAAAUAUUAAAAGUUAGCGGUUAAAAAUAUAAUUUCAUUCUAAAAAGGCGCCUGGAAUGGGCUUUCAAAAAUCUCACGAGAUAGUCAUUAAUUUUUUUAAGCUAUUUAGGUACGUAUUGCUCAUGAUCAUUUUGUUUUUACAAAUAGGUAAAAGACCUAUGUUAUGAUUUAUCUACGAUAAAAAGGAGUAAGGAGUUUAUGCGCCAAAUUUGAUAUAUAUCAAUACAUUUUGGAAUGUAUAAUUUUAAAAGGCUUCAUUAUUUCAGGCAGGCUUCAAUAUUUAAUCGUAAUCACAUUUUAUUUAUCAGAAAUUAAUGAUCAAUGAAUUUUUUAAUUUUAAAGAUUGACAUACUCGAAGUGUAAACACACGAAUUUAAUAGAAGUAGUAAGGUUAUGCAUUUCUUUAGUAAUUUAUGUUUUAUGGGCCCAUAUAACCCUUCAGUUAUAUGGGAAUUAAUGUGUUAAAAUUAAAAAUUCUGCGUUUCGGUAAUACUUAAACAUAUUACAAUAUUUAUUAACGUGGACGGGUCAAAAGAUAAGAAAGACAGACAGACAGAGAGAGCGAGAGAGAUGUAUGGUGGAAUGCGUAAAAUAUUAUAAUAAUGAUAAAGAAGAGCAUUAACUCUGACAUAUUGACGGAUAGCUGAUCUAAAAACGAAAAGCAUGGAAAUGGAUCUGCUGUAAAAUCAAUUGGACUGUUAAAAAAGUAGUAUACCUACGUAUUGCACAUAAAACAAACUUUUUUUUGUGUACAUUUCGUGCACCAUUAGAGUACUUAGUACAUUAUUACUAAUCAUGAAUUUAUUAUAUGUAUUUAUAUUAAGUUUACUUAAACUUAAUCUGAUAACUGCUUACAUUAAUUUAAACUAUGUGAACACAACAUAACGUAAUAUAAGAUUUUUUUCAUUGCACAAUAAAAACGGAAACAAAUUACAGUAACUUAACAAAUUCCCAUUUAAAACUAAAUUAAAGGGGUUAAUUUUUUUUAAGAACAUAAGGUCACAAUUUUAUUUUCUUUUGUCGGAACUUAUCACUUAUGCCUUAGCAAUAAGUGACAAACUUGAAGAGCAAUUAUUAUCAUUACUAAGUAUUCGUAUACUAAUACCAGUGCUGGCACUAGAUAGUGUUUAUUAAAUCGUUUGAUAAUAUGCAUUUUAUUAUAUUUUGUAAGGUUUGUCUUGUCUUACAAAAAUUAUAAAUAAUAUUAUAUACUUGUACAUUUUGAUCCGAAUGGGGAAAAUGAUUUGAGACUUCGGACUUAUAUGAUAUUAAUUGAGUGUAGGUAAGACAGAAACGAUUAAUAAGUUUGGAGUAGUUAUUUUUUUCUUUAUACUUAUUUAGUUUGUAUCGUUUUUAAAAUUAUAUUUAAAAAUUACUUAUAAUACCUAACUAUAGGUUUGUCUGCGAUAACCGAUCGAGUUAGAUUUUUGUUCUCAAAGUACUUAUAAUCUAAUAACAAAACAAUAUUUAUUAAUUCAAGUGAUCACAAUUAAUAGGGGUUUUGUUUACUGUUUUAAAAUAUUAUUUGAAAAUAGCUUGCAUUUGUUAUUCAUAAGAUUAGUGGUUAGAGUUUAACUAUUCCAAAAUAAUAAUUAUUCUUCUAUUUGUUAUGAAGACAUCAAUCAAUUUGUAAAAUGAGCCAUUAAAAUGUUUGCUUUGUUUACAUUACAAGCUUUUAUUUAUUGUAAAAAGAAAUCCGUAAAUGAUGUGUUGAUGCAGAGAUUAUAAAGCUUCAAAAUGAAAAAAAAAGUUGUUUCA